AUGGACCYAAAAGGUCUUUAUCUUCUGUCUCUUCUGCUGCUGUCUCAAGGAAUCCAGCUUGUUGAAGGAAGCUGUGGCAGUAACGAGUUUCAGUGCACCAAUGGACAAUGUAUUGACAAAGACUGGAGGUGCGAUGGAACCAAAGACUGCACAGAUGACUCUGAUGAGCGUAACUGUCCACCUCCAGCCUGCACCUCACAGGAGUUUAAGUGCGUGACAAGUGGUGAAUGCAUCUCAUCAGGAUUUGUCUGUGACGGGGAGGAAGACUGCAUCGACGGCUCAGAUGAGCAAAGAACAUGUGGUGGUCGCACCUGCAGCCCAGACCAGUUCACCUGCAGAGAGGGUCAGUGUAUCCCUAACAUAUACAGAUGUGACCACGUGAUGGACUGUGUGGACAACUCUGAUGAGAACAACUGCAAUUACCCACACUGCAGUGAGAAGACCUGUGCUAAUGGGGCCUGUUACAAUAAUUCUCAGCGCUGCAAUGGGCUGCAGGACUGCAGGGAUGGAUCUGAUGAAGUUAACUGCACAUCUCAGCACUGUCCCAUCCACCAGUUCGAGUGCACAAACGGCCUCUGUAUCUCACACUCGUUUGUGUGCGACCACUGGGACGACUGCGGCGACAACAGUGAUGAGCAAGACUGUGCGUAUCCGAGCUGUAAAGGGAAUGAGUUCACAUGUUCCAGCGGCCGGUGUAUUCCUCAGCGCUGGGUGUGUGACCAGUUCAAUGACUGCGGGGACUACAGUGACGAGAAAGGAUGUGAUAGUAACUCACGAGACUGUUACCCUGGUGAGUGGGGCUGUCCUGGCUCAUCGCUGUGUAUUGCUGUUAGUAAAGUAUGCGACGGCAAACCUGACUGUCCUGAAGGUACAGAUGAAACCAACUCCACUGCACAGCAAACCUGCGGCCUGGACCGGUGCUCUGCCUUGAGCUGUGAGUACCUCUGCCACCCUUCYCCUCAGGGUGGUGCAUGCUAUUGCCCCGAUGGCUUUAUAGUAGCCAAUGACAGCCGUUCCUGUGUAGACUAUAAUGACUGUGAUAUCUGGGGGAUCUGUGACCAGCUGUGUGAGGAUCGUCCGGGGACACACCACUGCAGCUGUGCAGAUGGAUACUUCCUGGAGCAGGGUCAUACCUGCAAAGCCAACGUGUCAGCUGGAUUGCCACAGCUUAUUUUCACCAAUGGAGGCGAUGUGAUGAUGGCUGACAUACACGGGCGCUUUGUCAGAACUCUGGUGCCAUCCCAGGGCAGAGGUUUCGCAGUCGGGGUGGCCUACAACUUUCACAGUAACAUUGUCUUCUGGAGUGAUACAUACACAAAAAAAGUUUAUUCCGCCAACAUUAAUGGGGGUGACAUCAAGGAGGUUUUGAAUAUAUCAGUCAACAAUGUGCAGAAUCUUGCAGUGGACUGGGUCAACAUUAAACUGUACGUCUUAGAAGCUAUGUUGGAACGCAUAGAUAUGUGUGACUUUGAUGGAAGCAAUCGAGUAACAUUGGUGGCUGAAAACCUGGAAACUCCUCAUGGUCUUGCUCUGGAUUCUACAGUGGGCUACAUGUUCUUCACAGACAUGGGUGUUGGUCAAAAGGACACAAAACUUGAGCGUGCCUUCAUGGAUGGCAGCAAUCGUGUGGAGUUGGUCAAAAGCAGGCUGGGUACACCAACUGGAAUCACCCUGGACAUUGUCACCCAGAGGGUCUACUGGUCUGACAGCCACUUUGACACAGUGGAGACYGUCACCUACAGUGGUUUAGACAGGAAAAUUGUCCUCAAUGGGGGAACACAGUCUCCACAUCCUUUUGGGAUGGCUGUGUUUGAAAAUCACGUUUUUUUUACUGACUGGACCAAGAUGGGUGUCAUCAGAACCAAUCGGUUUAAUGGCAGCAACCCAACACUCAUUUAUCGUACUGUGAAGCGGCCAGGUCACGUUGUAGUCUUGCACUCUGUCCUGCAACCUUUUGUGAUGAACCCUUGUGGGAGAAACAAUGGUGGCUGUCAGCACAUUUGUGUAUUAAGUCACCGCUCUGACAAUAAUGGUCUGGGCUUUCGUUGUAAAUGUCGCUAUGGUUAUGACCUUCAGGCUGACCGUCAAACCUGUUUCAAGGUAAAGGACUACUUGUUGUUGGCCACCUCUCUGGCAGUGAGGGGRAUCCCUCUAAACAUAUCCUUGCAGGAGGACGUCACACUUCCCCUAACAGGACUUGGAACCUCCUUUUCUGGCUCUGCUGUGGAAUUUGAUGGAAAUGAAGAAGUUGUAUUUUACAACGACAGGUCCAGGGGCCUGGUUUACAAGUCAACCCUUAACGGAACCAUUCAGCAGAUUUUGACAGGCUACAGAGUGGGAAUCAUUGAUGCUAUGGCUUAUGACUGGACCUCCAAGGUUUUGUUCUGGACCACAACCUCCUACAGAUCAGUGGUGGCCUUCAAAGUCACAGACAAGUCCAGACGAGAUAUUGUUACUGGACUGAGGAAUCCAAAGGGUAUUGCAGUGCAUCCCAGUGCUGGCUACCUGUUCUGGUCGGACUGGUACCGUCCAGCUGUGAUAAUGAAAGCCUUCACUGAUGGCAGCAACUCUGUUCCUCUGGUCAACACAACACUGGGAUGGCCAUAUGGACUUGCUCUUGACUACAUAACGGACAGGCUCUACUGGGUGGAUUCUCUCCUUGAUCAAAUUGGUAACAUUGACAUAGAAGGAAAUGACAGGCAGACAUUUACCAACAUUGGCCAGAUCACUCAACCAUACUCUUUAACUGUUUAUUCAGACUACCUGUAUGUGUCUGAUGUAAGAACCAGAGGAAUAUUUGAGAUGAGAAAGAGGGAUGGAGGAGGAAACAUUAUGAUCCGACAAGGAGUCACUGGCAUUAUGAACAUCAAGGCCUACACAGCUGACCUUCACAGCACUUUCAAAAGCCGCUGUAGUUCAGGGCCCAAUGGGUUCUGCAGCCACUUCUGUUUCCCAACUCCCUUUUACAACCGGGUGUGUGGUUGUCCGUAUGGUAUGAAGCUUCAGGACAAUCAGAGGGACUGCAUCAAGGAUGAUUCUGUUCCCCCACCUGAUACUAACUGUGGUGACUAUUCCUUUGAGUGUGAUGAAGGGCGCUGCAGGCCCAACUCUUACCGCUGUGAUGGAAUCAUUGAUUGUGUAGAUCAGACGGAUGAGGCCAACUGCACUCAUACAGGGGCUACAUGCUCUCCAUCAGCUUUUACCUGCAACAACAAGCACUGCAUUUACUCCAGCUGGCGCUGUGACGGUAUAGACGACUGUGGAGAUGGUUYUGAUGAAAUGAACUGUCCAACACGGCUCCCCACCACAUGCGCAGCAGACUACUUUACCUGUGAUAACAACAGGUGCAUCUCUAAAACCUGGUUGUGCGAUGGUGACAAUGACUGUGGUGAUGGCUCAGAUGAACACAACUGCAAUUCAACUAUCACUACAUGCCCUCCUAACUACUUCCUGUGUCCUGACCACCGCUGUAUCAAUAGCUUCUACGUGUGCGACGGAGACCAGGACUGCUUGGAUGGAUCGGAUGAGAAAAAUUGUGAGUUUUCCUGUGAAUCCUAUGAGUUCGCUUGUACCAGUGGAGACCAGUGUGUCAGUUCCAGUUAUCGCUGCGAUGGUGUGUUUGACUGCCGGGAUCAUUCAGACGAACAAAACUGCCCCACUCGAGGUCCAGGCCUUUGCCAUGACCACGAGUUCCAGUGCCAGACAGAUGGUUUGUGCAUACCAGACGAAUGGGAGUGUGACGGCCAUCCAGACUGUGAGGAUGGAUCUGAUGAGCACCACCAGUGUCCAGCUGUCACCUGCAGGUCUAACGAUUUCCAGUGUGCCAACAAGAUGUGYAUUCCAACAAGCUGGCUGUGUGAUGGUGAGAACGACUGUCGAGAUAUGAGUGACGARCAGAACUGCCCCACACCUCCCUUCAGCUGUCCCUCUGGACAGUGGUUGUGCCCCACCGACCAGAUGUGCAUUGAUUUGGACAAGGUUUGCAAUGGUCAGAAAGACUGCCCCAAUGGAGCUGACGAGUCCCCUAUCUGCAAUGAAGAUGACUGUGUGCUGAACAACGGGGGCUGCAGUGACGGUUGUGUCCAAGGACCGUUUGGAGCUCAGUGCACCUGCCCACCAGGAUAUCAGCUCCUCAAUGACUCCAAGACCUGUGAGGAUAUUGAUGAGUGUCAGAUACCUGGUUUCUGCAGCCAGCAGUGCUACAAUGAGAGAGGAAGCUUCAGGUGCCACUGUUCAGACGGCUACAUCCUGGAGCCUGAUGGACGCACGUGUAAAGCUACAGACCAAGAGGCAGCUGUACUUUUAGUAGCCAGGCGUAGUCAAAUUGUUGCAAAUAAGAUCAAUCUCAAACCACCCCAGAUGAGCCCGGUGGUCAGCGGCUCAAGCAUUGUGACUGUGGACUUUGACCGUGUGACUUCCAAAAUCUACUGGGCUGAUGCCACAGUGAAGAAGAUAUGGAGUGCCUAUCAAAACGGCACAGAAAGACAGGAAGUGUUCUCCAGUGGUUUGAUGGAACCAGAGACUAUUGCUGUGGACUGGGUGGCUCGGAAUCUGUACUGGACUGACUCUGUCAUGGAAAAUAUUGAAGUCUCCACCCUGGAUGGUCGCUAUCGAAAAGUCCUCUUAAGCAAAAAUGUCACUAGCCCUCGUGGACUUGUUUUAGAUCCCCGUAACUAUACUUAUCUGAUGUUUUGGUCMGACUGGGGUCAGAACCCUAGGAUUGAGCGAGCCUGUAUGGAUGGAUCCAUGAGACAAGUCAUUGUCAGCACUAAAGUCUACUGGCCCAAUGGCCUGGCUCUGGACYACACUACACGCAGGGUUUACUUUGCUGAUGCUUACCUGAAAUAUAUUGACUACUGUGAUUAUGAUGGCAAAAACCGCUACCAGGUCAURGCAAGUGACAUGGUUCUCCAGCACCCACAUGGUAUGACUGUAUUUGAGGACAGUAUUUAUUGGUCGGAGCGCUACACCAGCAARGUGAUGAGGACAAACAAGUUCCAUGGAGGAAACAUCACUAUUUUAAUGAACAAUAUCUAUCAGCCUAUGGGGAUUGUUAUGGACCAUCCCAUCAAACAACCAGCAGCCAUCAACCCUUGCAGAGAGCACUUUUGCACACAGCUGUGUCUGCUGUCCAACUUGAGACCCAGGUAUUACACUUGCCAUUGUCAGUCUGGGUGGAAGCUGGACAAUGAUCAGCGCACCUGUGUCAAAGAUGAGACUCCCUUCCUGAUGGUGGUCAGAGAUUCUGUUAUCUUUGGCAUUCCCUUGGACCCAAAAGACCCAUCCAACAAUGCUAUGGCCCCAGUGUCUGGCAUCAGCCAGGGGCGAGACAUCGACUUUGAUGAUCAGGAGCAGUUUAUCUAUUGGAUCCAGAGCACAGGUUCAAUUUGGCAAGUGAAAACUGAUGGCWCCAACAGAUCAGAGUUUGCUCCAGCUGCUUUAAUGGGCUCGCCAUCUGGUCUGGCUUUUGAUUGGAUAAGCCGAAUAAUGUAUUACACCAACCCCACUAGCAAAACCAUUGAAGUUAUCCGUGUAGAUGGAAAUGAGAAAUACAGGAAAACUCUCAUSGCCUCAAAUGGCAAACCAGAAGGAACAGGAGAACCUGUUGGGAUAGCUCUGGAUCCUGCCCGAGGGAAACUGUUUUGGACAGACAAAGGAUCUGACAAUGGAGUGCCUCCGAAGGUUAGCAGUGCUGAUAUGGAUGGAGGCAACCUCAAGAAUCUUUACACAGACAACCUGGCAAACAUAGGGUUUAUUGCUGCCGAUAUCUCAGCCAGAAAAAUUUAUUGGGGUCUGGCAGGCACAGGGGUGGUAUGUCUAUUCUUGAUUAACUCUUACAACUGUUUUGCCCAGAUUGAGUGCGGGACAAUGGAUGGGGUAACCCGUACUACCGUGAACCACUUGUACUACACAGAUCUGGACUAUGAGGUAAUUGAGAGGGUGGACAAAGAAAAUGGUGCCAACAUGGUGGUGAUGAGGAGCAGCAUGUCAGGCCUGCGUGCUCUCAAAGUGCAUGCCMGAGAAGACUCAGCAGGGAUCACCAAUGCCUGCAGCUCUAACAAUGGAGGCUGUCCACAUCUCUGCCUCCCUAAACCGGACAACAAAAAGACUUGUGCCUGUACCACAGGAUUUUACCCUUCUCCUGAUGGCACCCGUUGUGAACAAUAUGMCUCAUUCGCCAUUGUCUCCACCCUCCGGCAUAUCCGUGGCUUUCACAUAAACAGCUCUGACCACUCUGAAGCAAUGGUGCCUGUCGGUGGAACAACCUAUUCAGUAAUGGACAGAUUGGACCUGCAUAUUCAAUCUGGCUUUGUGUACUGGAGUGACAACAGCACUUACACCUCAUACAGAGGAAUCUACAGGGCGAAAACAGAUGGAGGAAGCUACAGUCAUAUCAUCAGUUCAGGUGUUGGGAAAAGAGGCAUCCAGGGUCUGGCUGUAGACUGGAUUGCAGGUAACUUGUACUUCACCAAUGCCUUUGAGAGUGAGACCCUCCUUGAAGUAUUGGCAAUCAACACCACCUACCGAAUGAUUCUCCUUAAGAGCUCCCAGGACCAGCCCAGAGACCUGGCAGUCAGUCCCAAACUUCGCUACCUGUUUUGGACUGAUGGCGGCCAAACACCCAAGAUUGAACGGGCCCUGCUGGAUGGCACAAACCGCACCAUUUUGGCAUCAGAGAGCCUGGCGUCACCUCGUGGCCUAACAGUAGAUUACAGUAAUGACUUCCUCUACUGGACCGAUGAUGUUCUUGACAUGAUCUCCCGAAUGGCCGUGGAUGGAACACAGAGGCAGAUUAUCCGCUACGGGAGUCGCUAUCCUUCUCCAGUAGGAAUGGCUAUUUUUGGAAACUACAUGCUUUGGGUAGAUAAAAAGCUUGAAAAGCUUUUCCAAGCCAGUAAAGACCCAGCCAAUACUGACCAAGCAGAGGUAAUCCGAGACAAUCUUGAUGGCCUGAUGGAUGUCACCAUUUUUGACUCUCACGUUCAGCCCACAUCGGCCCACCAAGUAGGCUUUAACCCCUGCCUGGAAAACAACGGACGCUGCCAGCAGCUCUGCUUUGCCAUUCCAGACCAGGAGCAACCCAAGUGUGGCUGUGCACAUGGGUCCUUGCUCAGUAAUGGAGUAUCGUGUGGUUAUGGACUAGAUGAGUUUCUAGUUUUCACCACAGACUACACCCUGAACAGCAUGAGAUUAGACCCGACCGACCACAGCACCCCCUAUCCAACAGUGAACUUGGGGUACAACUUAAUGGCUUUGGAUUAUGAUUUUAAGGAAAAGCGUGUUUUCUUCACCCAGUAUAUAGGUUUAGGUCGGAGCAAGAUUGGUUAUGUCACCACAACAUCGAUCACCAGCCCUCCUGUUAUCGUUGCCUCCAACCUUGAUGACCCUGAAGGAUUGGCUUAUGACUGGAUCAAUAAGCGUCUCUACUUCACUGACUACUACAGACGUAAUGUCCAGGCGAUCGGGUUGGAUGGGUUAAACCGCUCCAUAAUCGUCCAUGCAAAUCUCCCCAGAGGCAUCAUAGUUGACCCGUGCUAUGGUUACUUGUACUGGACAGAUUGGGGUUAUCCAGCUAAGAUUGAGAGAUCCACGUUGGGUGGAAACUUCCGAACUGCUAUAAUCAACAGCAGCCUAACAACACCGAAUGGCCUGUCUUUGGACUAUGAAGAAAGAAUGCUUUACUGGGCUGAUUCCUCACUUGACAAGAUUGAGCGGGCUACUUUGACCGGUGAGAAUCGGCAAGUGAUAGUGCAUGGAGUCCAGUACCCAUUUGCCAUGACUGUCUUCCAGCAGGACAUCUUCUGGACCGACUGGACUGAGAGAGCUGUGUUUAGGGCUGGGAAGGAAGACGGCUCUGGCUUUGCUGUGCUAGCUCAGGGCUUACAAUACCGGCCAAAUGACAUCCACGUCUAUGCUGCGUCUAAGCAGGAGAGUUGCUCCAGCUUCUGUCAACAGUUCAACGGAGGCUGUAGUCACAUCUGUGUUUCUGGUCCAGUGGGCCCAGAAUGCCAGUGCCCUCAUGAUGGGAAUUGGUAUCUGGCAAACAAUGGUAAAGACUGCAUUACAGACACAGGCAAACGUUGUAAGCCAGACCAGUUUACCUGUCUGAAUGGAAACUGUAUCUCAGCACGAUGGAAGUGUGAUGGCUACAAUGACUGUCAGGACCAAUCAGAUGAACUGGAGAGAGUGUGUGCCUUCCACACCUGCUCAGCCAUGGACUUCACCUGUGACAACGGGCGUUGUGUCCCACUAAAUUAUGCCUGUGACUACACAGACGACUGUGGUGACAACAGUGACGAGCGAGGCUGUCCCUACCCCACAUGUAAUCCUUCCACUGAGUUUACCUGUGCCAACGGGCGCUGCAUCAACAUAGGCUUUGUUUGUGAUGGCCACAACGACUGUAGAGACAAURCUACGUCUGAUGAGAUCAAUUGUCCUGACCGCAACUGUCCUUCUGGUCAAAUCAAGUGUGAAGGGACCAAUAUCUGUAUCUACCCUGAAAGCUUGUGUGAUGGCUUUAACAACUGUGGGGACAAUAGUGAUGAGAAUCCUCUUUUCUGUGAWGGUCGCACGUGUGCUCCCAAUCAGUUUCGUUGCGAUGGAGGAAAGUGCAUUCCGCAGACUUGGGUUUGUGACUCAUUCAAAGACUGCAGUGAUGGGACAGAUGAGCCACCCUCUUGUGAGGAUCUGAUCAGAACAUGCAGUCCAGACCAGUUCACAUGCACUAAUGGGAAUUGCAUCCCUCAGUCACUGGUUUGCGAUGGAAACAAUGACUGUUGGGACAAUAGUGAUGAGGUUCCAGAGCUGCAGUGUGGCCAGCGCACUUGCAGUCCCAACCAGUUCACCUGUCCCACCUGGUACCCAGGCUACCCCCGCUGUGUGCCUAUGACUGCUGUAUGUGAUGGAGACAAAGACUGUGCCAAUGCAGCUGAUGAGCUCCAUAACUGUCCCAACCGAACCUGCCAUAUGAAUGAGUUYGCCUGUGCCAAUGGGCUCUGCAUCCUCAUCCCAUACCACUGUGACCGAGUGAAUGACUGUGGAGAUGGCAGUGACGAGUUAGACUGUCAGUACAACACAUGCCAAAGCAACCAGUUCACCUGCAGUAACGGGGCCUGCAUCUCCACCUACUACAUUUGCGAUGGGGAGAAUGACUGCAUGGAUGGAUCAGAUGAGGCAGAGAGCUUGUGCAGCACACCACAACCUACCUGCUCACCCCAGGAGUACUUGUGCAAGUCCGGAGAGUGCAUUGACCUCCAUAAGGUGUGCAAUGGGCAGAAGGACUGCGAGGACAACAGUGAUGAAAAAGGCUGUGGGAUAAAUGAGUGUCUUAACCCGGCUGUCCAUAAGUGCGCUCAGCUUUGCACCGACACUCUCACUGGUUAUUACUGCUCCUGCAACCCAGGCUACUCUCUCAUGCCGGACGGCAAAGCCUGCGAGGACUUAAACGAGUGUGUCAGCACCCCUGCUGUUUGCAGCCAGAUCUGCGAGAACACAGUUGGCUCGUACCACUGCAAAUGCGCCCCAGGGUACAUUCGCGAAGCGGAUGGACGUACCUGUCGUCAGAACAGCGGCAUUGCCCCAUUCCUGCUGUACAGUAAUCGCUACUACAUCCGGAAUUUAACCACAGAUGGGUCACAAUUGAGUAUAGUUCUGCAGGGGCUGUCAAAUGUGGUGGCGUUAGAUUUCGAUCACAAUGAGAAGAGACUCUAUUGGCUGGACACGGGGGCAAGAAGAAUUGAGAGAAUGCAUUUUGAUGGCACCAACAGGGAAACGCUUGCGACUGAAAAUUUAGGAGGAGCUGAAGGCCUGGCAGUGGACUGGGUGGGCAGGAAAGUGUACUGGGCGGAUAGUUAUUAUGGAUCGAUUCAUGUGAUGGAGUUGGAYGGACGCUAUCAGAAGAAGCUGCUGACAGGGCACUUUAAAAAUGGAAAUGACACUUUUAUUAUCAGCCGACCACGUGCUGUGGUUGUCAACCCUAAAUAUGGAUGGCUGUACUGGACUGACUGGGCUGACAAGGCUUAUAUUGGCAGAGUUGGCAUGGAUGGAACAAACAUCAGUGCCAUCAUCACAACCAAGCUGGCGUGGCCCAGUGCUCUGACCGUUGACUACACCACCAACAAGAUCUUCUUUGCUGAUUCGCAUCUUAACUUUUUGGACUUUGCAGACAUGGAUGGUCAGAACCGGCACCGGGCCAUUGCUGGCACGCUUCCUCAUGUGUUUGCUGUUUCCCUGUUUGAAGACUGGGUCUACUGGACAGACUGGAACACUCACAAUGUGGAGAAAGCCCAUAAAUACACAGGAGAGGGGCGCACAGUCAUGGGCAACAACACACACCGGCCAAAUGACAUUCAUGUCUGCCACCCUUACAGGCAGCCGAAAAGUGAAAAUCCUUGCUCAUCACACUACCUCACCUGCAGUCAUUUGUGUCUGAUCGCUCCUGGAGGGCAGCGAGCAACCUGCGCGUGUCCAGAUCAUUUUAUCGGUUUAGCUGUGGGAUUCAAAAUCCAGUGUGUGGCUGACUGCUCCAGUACCCAGUUCCGCUGUGGGGACAACGAGAAAUGCGUGCCCAUAUGGUGGAAGUGUGACGGCCAAUCCGACUGUGGCGAYGGCUCUGAUGAACCUCAAACCUGCCCACCUCGUUACUGCCCCAUCGGCCAAUUCCAGUGUCAGGAUGGCAACUGUACCUACCCUGGUUUCAUCUGCGAUAGUCGCCCUGAUUGUCCCGACGGCUCGGACGAAGACGCUGCUCUCUGCAGUGAUCACCGAUGUGAGGUGAACCAGUUCCAGUGUAAAAACAAGCAGUGUAUCCCUGUGUCCUGGCACUGCGACGGUCGAAAUGACUGCUCAGAUGGCAGCGAUGAGGAUGUGGAGACUUGUGCUCAGAAGACCUGCCAACCCGGACAGUUCCAGUGUGCAAAUGGUCAUUGUAUCCCAUCAAGCUACGUGUGUGAUACUGAGAAUGACUGUGGAGAUCUAUCUGAUGAGCCGCUUGAAAUCUGUAACGGUCCAGAUUACAAAUGCGAUGAGCUCACAGAGUUCUCCUGCAAGACAAACUACCGUUGUGUUCCUUUGUGGGCCCGCUGCGACGGCAAAAACGACUGCAAAGACAACAGCGAUGAGCAAGGCUGUGAGGAGCUGACCUGCGACCCGCUGGGAGAUUUCCGUUGUGACAACCACCGCUGUGUUCCCAUUCGGUGGAAGUGUGACGGUGCCGACGACUGUGGCGACGGAUCGGACGAGAGAAACUGCCAGCCAAGGCCGUGCUCGGAGAGUGAGUACCGAUGUGACAACGAUCAGUGCAUCCCUGGGAACUGGCGGUGUGACYAUGACAAUGACUGUGGGGACAAUUCAGAUGAGCGAGACUGCGAGCUGCUGACAUGUCGCCCAGGUUUCUUCCAGUGUGACUCGGGUCACUGUAUCCCUAAUGCUCUGAAGUGUGACGGCCGGGCCGACUGUCUGGACCUGUCAGAUGAGACCACCUGUCCCACUCGUUACCCAGGAGGCCGUUGGUGUCCGCAGAAUCAGUUCCAGUGCUCGAACCGGCUGUGUGUGAGCCAGAGCUGGGUGUGCGAUGGUGUUGACGACUGCGGGGAUCGCUCAGAUGAACAACUCAGUCUAUGCUUGAGCAUCACCUGUGAGAUGCCGUACAAGUUCCGCUGUGCUAACGGCUACUGCGUCUUCUCUGGCCUGCUGUGUAAUAAAAAAGAUGACUGUGGCGACGGCAGCGAUGAGAAAGAAGAUCUCUGCCGCGAGCCCACCCUACCCCCCUGCACACUGGAAGAGUUUAAAUGUACCAACGGGCACUGCGUACCCCUGCCGUACGUCUGUGACCACAAUGACAACUGUGGCGACCGAACAGAUGAAAUGGGCUGCAACUUUGGCCAUGAUCGAAACUGUGAAACUGACAAGCUUUGCCAACAAGAAUGCACCAAUCUGAACGGAACCGGCUUCAUUUGCUCCUGCAAGCCUGGAUACAAAGUGGACCCAGACAGCACUUACACCUGCCUGGACAUCAACGAGUGUGAGGAGUACGGAAUCUGUCCUCAGGCCUGUAAAAACACCAAAGGCGGCUACGACUGUGACUGUGCACUUGGAUACAGGAAAGUAGGAAAUGGCGACAUGUGUGAGGCUGAUGGAGSGGCUCCUCUGCUGCUGCUGCCAGAGAGUGUCCGGAUCCGUAGGUUCAACCUGCAGACACAAACCUACCAUGACUUUCUCCAAGAGGAGGAGCGGAUCAUGGCACUGGACUAUGACUGGGACCACAACAGCACAGGAUUCAGUAUGGUGUACUUCACUGUUGCUGGUAAAGACUCUAUCCCAGGUGCCAUUAAGAGAGCGUAUUUACCGUCAGUGGAUGAUGGCAGUAACAACAUUGCUGCUGCUGUUGAUCUUGGCAUCAAAUACAUCACGUCACCAAAUGGCAUUGCUGUGGACUGGGUGGGCAGAAACCUUUACUGGGCAGACUCCAAGCUGAAGAGGUUAGAAGUGGCCUUUUUGGACGGACGCUACAGGAAACAUCUUGUUAAGACUGAUCUUGGUUUCCCAUCUGCUGUGGCGGUGAAUCCUCGACUGGGUAUGCUGUACUGGUCCGACCGAGGGGAAUCGGCUAAGAUUGAGUGCUCCUGGCUGGACGGACAGCAGAGAAAAGUUCUUGUGGCCGACGGUUUGGGUUGGCCCACCGGCUUAUCAAUUGAUUUCACCAACAGAGACAGAAUCUACUGGUCAGACUCUAAGGAAAGUCGCAUCGAGUCUGUUCUGCCUUCAGGAGAGCAGCGUAGAACUGCUGUUUUUAUAGACGUGAGAAACCCGUUCAGUGUGAGCGUAUUUGAGGACCACGUCUACUGGAGCACUGAGGAGAAAGGCGAGGUGUAUCGACAGGACAAGUUUGGUCGUGGAGCCAAAGUCAAAGUGCUGACAGCGGGACCCUGGCUGAAUCAGAUCUCUGUGUACCAACAGCAAAGAUACAACUCCUUUGCCAUGAAGAAUCCAUGUAAGGGAACCUGUAGCCACUUGUGUUUGCUCCGGCCGGGAGGAUACACCUGCGCCUGCCCUGAAGGCACCAGCUUCAUCACCGGCAGCAACACUGAAUGUGAUGCAGUUGGAAUAGCUGUCGGGGUGACAGUGGUGAUUGUGGCCCUGCUGGUUGCUCUGGUAUUUUACGUCAGGAAGAAGUCCAACGUGCUGCAACGACUGCAGAGCAGCAUGCCCAGUUUUUCAAGCCUCAGGAAUGGUUUCAGCAGAACUGAUAGAGCAACGGCAGAAAAUGAUUUAACGAGGCAGAACUUAGAGGUUCCCAGCGUGUCUGUAUCAAUGAUCGACGAGGGGAGGAGCUUUGCGAACCCGACGUAUGAAGGGGAACCGCAGCUKGGCUCCAAGAGCACGCCGCCCGCCAUCUCUGCUCCCGCUGAAACAAACAAGAACRUUAAUAAUCCUUUGUAUAUGGAGGAGGUUCAAGCUGUGGAUAAGCCUUCAACAAGCAAGUCUCCCAUUUUCACGGAGGAGAUUUUUGACGACCCAGCUCACAGUUCAGUUAUCGAAAGUGUUGACAGUGACACCACUUCUGCACAGCCACCUGCAUCAAGCUCACAGCUGAUAUUGGAGCAGCCGGUUGGACCCAAUGGAGAUGAUAGUUCAGU